CUCACUAUUUUCGUACCCUUUAUUGAUGACUGACUUCAAUAACUCCUAUCAAGCGCUUACACACAGUGAUAUAUUCUAUAUUGCUGAAUGGCUUUGAAAUCACAUAGUAACUGUACACAUGAUUCUUGAGUGGCAUAGUCGCACCACAACGAAGCUAUCCCUGUUCAUUCCCAGUGGGCAUCUCCAUCUACAAUCCUCUUGCACAGGCUUCCCCGCCCCCAAGUUGCUUUCUGUUGUUGUUUUCUGCCUUGCUUCCUCUGUUUUUUUUAUGCUAAUUGCUCUCUGGAGUACAUCCAUUGAACGGGUUGUCAAUUUAGCGAUCGACAUUUUCGAAUUUCAAAGUGCGAGAUACGUCGACGGCAGCUUGACCUGCAAGGUUUAGCUGCUCAUUUUCGGUCUCUAUUUGCGACCAGUCAACAUCAUUCUUAUGCGUCCACCAUAAGUCUUGAUACACCAAUUGAUCGA